AUGCACUGCGUGUCUCUCUAUGUUCGGGGCGAGUGGUUCAGGGUGCCCUGUGGCGGCCCCUCGGUCUCUGUCCGUUCGUUGGGGUCCGAGGCUCUGCGGCGCUACCGUCAGGCCAAGAAGCUAGAGGACGGAGAUGGGGAGAAGGAGUUCAGCAUGCGGCGGUGUCAGGGUGGAGAGCUCCUUCACCCCGAGGACAGGGCACAGGACGUUCUGGAGGACGAAGACUUUGUGCAGCUGGCUGCAAAUAGGCAAACCUCUUACCAAGAGCCCAAAGAGUACAUUUCCCUGGAUGGCGAAAGUCUGACCACAGCCGCUCUGGUCAGCUUGGGUCAAGGCUUGUUCAAAAUAAAGCUAACCCCUGAAGCUGAGGAGAAAGUCAUAAAAUGCCGAGAGGUUAUUGACGCUUUUAUAAGAGAAGACAGAGUUGUGUAUGGAGUCAACACUGGUUUUGGAAUGUUUGCACGGACACUCAUACCCAAGGAACAACUGGUGCAGCUGCAGGCGAAUGUGAUUCGCUCUCAUUGCGCUGGAUUGGGUGCCCCAUUGAGUGUAGAGAGGACACGCAUGCUGCUGGCUCUGAGGAUCAAUGUCCUUGCGAAAGGUUACAGCGGCGUCUCCAAGGAAACCCUUGACGCUAUGCUCAAGGCCUUCAAUGCAUCCUGUUUGUCCUGGGUACCUGAAAAGGGUACCGUGGGAGCGAGUGGAGACUUGGCGCCCCUGGCCCACCUCACCCUGGGCUUGAUGGGAGAGGGCCGGAUGUGGUCACCACAGAGCGGCUGGGCUGAUGCCAAGGCUGUGUUGGAAGGCCAUGGGCUCAAACCUCUCAUGCUGAAACCAAAGGAGGGAAUCGCUCUGAUCAAUGGGACUCAGCUGAUGUCAUCUCUGGGUGCGGAGGCUGUGGAGAGAGCUCUGGGCGUGGCCAGACAAGCUGACAUCAUUGCUGCCUUGAGUUUUGAAGCCCUGAAAGGCACCACAAAAGCCUUCCACAGCGCCAUUCAUGCAGUGAGACCUCACCCCGGUCAGAUGGAGGUGGCUGCGAGGCUUCGCUCUCUGUUGGACUCGGACGUCUUCCCUUCUCAGAUCUCAGAGAGUCAUAGAUCAUGCGAUCGUGUUCAGGAUGCCUACACCCUGCGCUGUAUCCCACAGGUUCAUGGAGUGGUUCAUGACACAGUCGCUUUUGUCCAGAAGGUGAUUUCCACUGAGCUGAACAGUGCUACGGACAACCCACUGGUAUUUGCAGAAACCGGGGAGAUCAUGUCUGGUGGGAAUUUCCAUGGAGAAUAUCCAGCCAAGGCCCUGGACUACCUGGCCAUAGGUGUGCACGAGCUGGCCAGUAUCAGUGAGAGGAGGAUUGAGAGGCUGGUGAACCCGGCCCUCAGCGAGCUGCCGGCCUUCCUCGUCCAGGACGGAGGGCUCAACUCUGGCUUCAUGAUCGCACACUGCACUGCUGCUGCCUUAGUGUCAGAGAGCAAGGCUCUGUGCCACCCGUCCUCCGUUGACUCCCUGUCCACCAGCGCAGCAACUGAGGACCAUGUGUCUAUGGGCGGCUGGGCCGCUCGCAAAGCCCUGAGGGUGGUGGAGCACGUGGAGCAAGUGCUGGCCAUAGAGCUGCUGGCUGCCUGCCAGGCUCUGGAGUUCCUGCGUCCUCUGAAGACCACCACUCCUCUGGAGAAGGUCCACGAGCUGCUGCGCUCCGUGGUCAGUCCUUGGGACAAAGACCGCAUCAUGAGUCCCGACAUCGAAGCUGCUCACGCACUCGUCAGACAGCAAAAGGUCUGGAGGACAGUUCAACCGUACAUGGACGAAUACAAGAACAAGCUGAAGAUAUGAUCACGUAACGAUGCUACACGGUGCGAUGUGCUCUAUGUGCGAAAAUAAAAGACGGGGAGAAGUUUUUAACAUCA